AGUAGCGGCGUGUCGCGACGACGAAAUAGCGUGUGUCAGAGCUACGAGAGACGCGCUCUCGUGCGCACCUACGCUGUGCUUCGUCGCCUCCGUCGUUGUGUUCUCCAACAAUUCGAUUGUAGUGCCGCGAUCGUUCGUUUAUUCUGUGUGAGUGUGUGUGUCCAGUGCGUUAGCUGCGCGGAUGAAGAGGAAUAUGAGGACAUCAUGAACGUGCCGAUUGUCGCUGGGGACGUCGAUGAUGAUGCCUACAAGCCGAGAUUUGUUAGGGGUUCAGACCCGCGGGUCGCUACAUGCAGAGGUAAAUUGCAGAACAAGAGGAGCAAACUCAAUCAAGAGAUCAACAAAGAGUUGCGGCUUCGAGCUGGAGCCGAAAAUUUGUACAAGGCCACGACGAAUCGCAAGUUGAAAGAAACCGUCGCUCUCGAGCUGAGUUUCGUCAACUCGAAUCUCCAGCUCCUCAAGGAACAACUCGCCGAGCUCAACAGCUCCGUCGAGCUCUAUCAAAAUGACAGCGACGACGCAUUUAUGCCGUUGAUUCCACUGGGUCUCAAGGAGACCAAGGACAUUGACUUUCGAGACCCAUUCAAGGAUUUUAUACUAGAGCACUACAGCGAGGAUGGCGAGAACUACGAAGAAGCCAUCGCAGAGUUCAUGGAGACCCGGCAGGCAACGCGAACGCCAACCCGCGACGCAGCUGGAAUUGCCCUACUGCUCCGCUACUACAACCAACUCUACUUCAUCGAGAGGCGUUUCUUUCCACCGGAUCGCAGUCUCGGCAUCUACUUCGAAUGGUACGACUCGUUGACCGGAGUGCCGAGUUGCCAGCGCACCGUCGCAUUCGAGAAGGCGUCGGUACUGUUCAACGCCGGAGCCCUGUACACCCAAGUGGCGGCCAAGCAAGACAGAAGAACGGCCCGAGGCUUGGACCAAGCCGUGGACUCGUUUCUGAGAGCCGCCGGCACCUUCAGGUACAUCCACGAGAACUUCACCAAUGCACCGAGUAUGGACCUGGGACCGGACAUGCUGGACAUGCUGGUGCAGUUGAUGCUGGCGCAAGCUCGCGAGUGCCUCUUCGAGAAGCUCGAGCUGCAGUCCAGAGACGCCCGCGACAUCGACGUGUCGCUGGACCUCGCGCAGGAGGCCGCCCAAGUGGCCGGCGUCUACGGCGACCUGCACACCUUGAUCGCCCGCGAGCCCGUGCGAGACUACGUGCCCGAGUCGUGGAUAUCGCUGGUGUCCGUCAAGCGCGAGCACUAUCUGGCCCUGUCGCAUCGGCACUGCGCCGCCGGCCUGCUGGACCACCCCUACGGCUCGUUCCGGCAACAGACCAAGGCGACUUUGCAGAGGAUCCAGGAUAGCGACUCCAAGAAGCAGAUGGACUGCAUCGUGCCGAAAACCGACGGCGAGCGGCAACUUUUGGGUCGAGCACACGUCAGGGAGGCUUUGGUACUGCACGAGGAGAGUCAAAGGUUACAGAGGAUGUGCAGGGAAUUGAAAGGCAAGCAGUCGCUCAUCAACGUGUUGCGCAAGGCUUACGACGCCACGAUGGACGUUUACGGCAGAUCCGGGGACGAGGACGAUCUUCGCGAAUUGCUUGACGCGCCGCACAUUAUCGCAGCGACGAAAUUCCAACUGAGUUUGACACACCCGGACUUCGGCCAGCAUGGCGUCGACGAUCUUUUCCGUUCACUGGGUCCUGUGGCGAUAUUUUCGGCGAAGCGCCAUUGGACGGCGCCAAGAUUGAUUCAACUGCAACGCGGACCUGGUGGCGAGGGUUUCGGCUUUAGCGUCAGAGGAGAUGCACCUGUUAUCAUAGCCGCCAUUGAUCAUAAUUCUCUUGCGGAUUUGGGUGGAAUGAAAGAAGGCGAUUUCAUCGUUAACAUUGGAGAUAAAGAUGUGAAAUGGGCAUCGCACGAACAAGUCGUUCGUUUGAUUAAGCAAUGCGGCGACUCUAUCAGCCUGAAACUCGUCACGCCAAUGGAUCGAAAUUAUUUGAAGAAACCAGUACGAGCAAAUAACCGCGACAAAGGAAGCGUAUCAGCAAGCAGCUCGUCGGGUGUCUCAUCUGGCCAACCGAGUCCAGCAGGUUCGAUGACAACAGCACACGUAGCACGAAAACUACCCUGGAAUCCAUUCAAAAAAUCCAACGGGACACGCGACAGCCGAGACUUGACAUUUGACAAUGUAAUUUUGAGAUGAUGCUGCGGUUGGAAAUGUUAAAUUAUGUACAUAGUAUAUAGUUACAAGGGAAGGAAAAAAUAAGAUAUUUUCGUUGCCAAACUGUAAAUUGUCAUGGUAGUCUGUAGGUGUCGUGAAAUAAGUAUUGAGCGAUGGAUGAGAUACAGAACACUCACGAUAGCACAUGUAGAGCGACUAAACUUCGUAAUAACAGCCAAUGUUAUUAAUUUCCCCAUUUGCAAGUUUAGUGUAGCACGCGCAAAAAAAAAUGAUAAACACUAAUCUGUUAUAUCCCAUCGUAGGACUCCUGCUUAUUUCGUUUAAUAUGUGAAUAUACAUUUUUUUUCUUUAUUUUUCUUUGUCCAUGUUUGUUGAGUAUUAAUUUUUUUAUAAUUAGGAAGUUGAAAAAACGAUUGCCAUGUGUAUCAGUUUUAUUAUUUUUUUUUUAAUAUUAUUUAAUUGUUCGUGUCGCGAAGUUUCAAUUUGCAUCCGUUUUAACCGCUGCAUAUUUAGCUUUACGUGCAAUAUCGAUGUUUUUGUCUUCGUUGUACAUCACAAUUGCUUUGUGUAUAAAUUAGUGCCAAUAACCUGUCGCGCGUAAAGCAAAAUUGUUAUUUGUUGUUCGUUGUAAUUAUCUUGUAUCUAGAAAGGUACACGAUUUCUACUGUAUCGACAUACGAGUGUAUUUCACUUUACGAUUUCCGUAUAUAAGUAAGAGUUACAUGUCGGUACAGUAGAAUACUCUUCAAUUUUAAAUUUCAAAAUCACUGUGCUCUUACGAGCUCGUUAAAAUUUCUUGAAAUUUGUACAUACUUAUAAGCUUUCCAUCCUCUCUCCUGACAUAUAAUUUUGUCUUGUCUGUUAAACCUAUACUAAGAAUGUCAAACUUAGUACGAUUAACUUCUUUUUUUUUUUUUUUUGUACAUGUAAAACCAUGUUUUUCUGAAAAAUUUCCA